AUGGCUUUCUCCUACCAACUUCAUUCUAAACAUAACAACUGCCUUAGUUUUCCGAAUUUUAUGAUUUUCUCGAUCCUGUUACUGCUCCCCUUUGCAAGUUCAGUUUCUUUCAAUUAUUCCAGUUUCCCAAUAAACACUCCCAACAUAUUAUUCGAAGGAGAUGCGUUCCCAUCUAAUGAUGUUCUCCAAUUAACGAAAAAUCAAGCAGAUAAAAACCUCAUAAGAAGUGUUGGCCGCGCCACAUAUAAUCAACCUGUGACUAUUUGGGAUGCCAAGACUGGGAAGCUUACAGACUUCACAGCCCACUUCUCCUUUAUUAUUAAGGCACUUAAUACUUCGAAUAAUGGAGACGGUAUAGCCUUCUUCUUUGCUCCAUUUGAUUCAACGAUUCCUGACAACUCAACCGGUGGAUAUCUGGCACUGUUUAGUCCUGAUACUGCGAAAACUAAUACUUCCAAGCAAAUUGUUGCGUUGGAGUUUGAUAGUUUCCAAAAUGAAUGGGAUCCGAGCUCUGAUCAUGUAGGAGUCAAUGUUAAUUCCAUUAUCUCGGUAGCGACUGUCGACUGGAAAAGCAGCAUUAAGAAUGGAUCAAGGGCUAAUGCUUGGGUGAGUUACAACUCUGGUACACAAAAUUUAAGUGUCUUUCUAACUUAUGCGGAUAAACCUGUCUUCAGUGGGAAUUCUAGUCUUUGGUAUAUUGUUGAUUUGAGGGAAGUUCUCCCGGAACGGGUUAAGGUAGGUUUCUCUGCAUCUACAAGUGAGGUUGUUGAAAUACAUAACAUAAUUUCUUGGAGUUUUAGCUCAACCUUGGAUGAGACCUCACCCUGA